CCGAUCCUCUUUUUCAUUUCAAUUUUCAUUCAUGAAUGCCUGUGACUGUUCUCUGACUUUGGCUGUCUGGUGUGCAUGGGACGAAGAGGACCUAGUACAGUAGUAAGAGAUAGUGGAUAUUAAAGUGUGGUGGCAACUGGCAAGCAUGGACGGGUUCUAUCACGUCGACCAGGCUAUGGAUACCAGUCCGAAAGACCCAUAUGUAAUCAGCCUGAUUUAUUCGGUGGUAGCACUGUUUUUACUCAUUCCUCCUCAAGAAGUCCGAUCUGCUGGUUUGACGCUGGAACGUAUCUUUCAGAAUCAGCUGGGCAGCGAGUCACUGGACUUUGUGGGUUAUCACAUGCGUCGCACCACUCUCACGCGUCUAGUAGCUCUGCUAGUGCCGUUUGGAUACUUUGCCAUUCUGUCUCUCUACAGACCUGAUCUUUUGAAGGUGACAUUCGUAUACACAGGUCUACUAGUGUCUCUGGCUGUUGCUGUGCUUGCCAUUGCCUUUUCACUGUACUACUGGAGAACGAAAUGGGCAAGUCACCCACUGGCCCGUACAUUAGCCAAGCAUGGAGACAACUGGAGAUUUGUUGCUGGUAACAUCAACACGGAGUUCCGUCGUAUUGACAAGUUUACUACGGGUCCUACCAGUGGUCGGGUGAUUGUUACAGAAUCAUGGCUGAUCAAAGUUGGCAUAUUCACUGUUCAUGUCUCCAAGCUAUCCGAGACUGUCUUGGCGCUACAGAACAGUGCUCUUAUUUCCAAUGCACAGGCUGAUGUGCUGCAAUCAGUGCAACGACUCUCAAUCAAGGUGACCAGCGCGAAUACUGCAGUAGGAGACUUCAUGAUCCAUGUGCCUGGACUGGAAUAUCGAGAUUUCCGAAGUCGCUUGCCGUUUGUACAUGUUGUCAAUGUCCGUGGAGUUACUGUGCAACAAACUGUGGGUGAGCAGUUUGUGGCAGCAUUCAUCGAGCAGGCAGACCGUAACAAUAUCUACCGACUGGAUCCGAAUACGGAGCUUGACUCAUGCCUGGGCUGUAUGGUUGCUAGGCCGGAUGCUAAGCUUGUGAAGUUGUGUGCGGCUGAUGAGGAUGGUGACUGUCGCAACUGUCGUUGUCGUCCGCAGUGGUGUCUCAGCUGUAUGGCACGCUGGUUUGCCAGCCGACAGGACCAGCACCGUCCGGAGACUUGGCUGUCUUCAUCCGCUCCGUGUCCAAACUGCCGCUCGCGCUUCUGCAUGCUAGACGUGUGCCGCGUCGUGGAAGAUACAGCGAGAUGAUGUGUGCACCUCUAUCCUACAAGUCUUGCUGCUGCAUUUUGCGAUGCCCUGGACGGUUUUUGUGGUGCUGAUCUGUUGUAGUGAGGUCUCUGCGGAAGGAACCGAAUGCUGGAGUUGGCGGCUCAUGCUGGUGUUAGUAUCUUGUGCUGAGUUUCCUGACGUAUGCAGAGCUAUGAAACUGGUACACAGACUAUUGCUCCGGCAUUGGUGUGUCUACCACAUCCGUCAGUCAGCAUUUCAUGGCUAAAUUUACACUGCCACGUCUUGAGAGGGAGCUGGGGAUCUUUUCUCGUGCUUGUUAUCCGUGGACUGGUGUCGCUUGCUUCCUGUCCACUGGGUGACAUACCGUCUCACGGUGUGCCAGUGAGAACCGUGCCCAACAAGCCCAUUGUGCAAUGAUGUAAUUUGUACCGCCGACACCCCACACAGCCACCUAUAAAGUAGUACGAGUACCUGGACAUGGGCAUGGUCGUCUGAGGUGUUGAACAUGACAGUGCAUUGUUGAUCCCAGCGCACUCACGUGGAUUACUCAUACCUCCCAUAUUUGGCAAUGCGCAAUGGGCUUAUACCGGGCCGCAGCUGCCGAUGACCAGCGCAACCAGAGUAUUGUACUGCUUCCCAGCACAUCAAUCCAUGGACGUUUGCCUUCUGGCUAAAUUAUCCUGAAGAUGACUAUUGCUAUCAGGCCGGUGUGCUUCGGGUCGGCCACUGUAAUAUUCAUGGCUUGGUCCCAUUAUUUUAAGUACCGGUAUGCUUUAUUUUCGUCUUAUCCCGUCUAUAGUCUGCUGGAUUUAUUACUACGGUAAUUGUGAAGACAAUUGUGAAGACUAGCUCUCCAGCGCUGGUUCACUGGAGAGAAUAGAAAUAUGCUUCUUCAGCCUUCUUGUGCUGUUGCAUGUUCUGACUCGUAACUGUUAGGGCUGGGCUAAUUGCAGAUAACACGACAUGUUAUGGAAACCUUUGAUCCUAAAAGUUUUUUUAGAACUACCGGUACUAGCUUGGCUCUCCAUCCGUUUAUUAUCUUCUUAUCUAGUGUUACCCCUUGUCCUAUCCAUCCUUGAUGCGGUUGCCAGUCCAUGAUCCCGACACCCAAGGUCGGACGAGUGUGGCAAGCCUCA